GCUCUGCGGCCACGCGAGGCGGGGGCGGGGCCGGUGGUCACGUGUGUACACAGGGCCCGGGCAGCGUGCGCCGUGCCCGCCGCACCGCCUCCCACAGCUAAAGCUGCCCGCCUGCCCGCGACCGUGUGGGCCGCUGCCCAGCAAGCGACAAUCGUGUGUUCAGUUUAUUUCCUUGAGGAAGAAGGAGACUUGUGACUGAACUCAGGCAUACCACACAUCGGGAGUGGCACAGGGACCUAAGGCAGGCCACCACAGCCUGCACCCAGCCCGCCCAGGGGAGCCACACGCCAGAUCUGACAGCACCGCCCAAACAGAACCUCCAGCUUCUUGAAACUGGCUGUAAACAGAGAGAGGGAGGAGCUGCUGUGCCUGCCAAGCAAGGCAGGAACCUUGUGAGUAAUUUACUGGAGGAAAAACAAGUGGUAAGCCUGCAUCCUGGGGCCCGCAUGUGCUCACAUUCUGGCACAUGCAUGGCAAUGCUGUGCAGAGGCUGUGGGGCUCCAGGGAAGCACAGCACAGGCUCCCCUGGCUCUCUGGUGGCUGCAGUGCCAUGCUGUUCACUGACAGUAUCUGUUGUCCAUGGCACAAAGAAGCGCGGGACCUGAAAUAAAGAGUAGGGGAGCCUCACAGGCCACCAUGUGGGGCUGCAGCUGGCUCAAUGGGACAGGCAGGGGUGAGGAGCCACCCUUCUGCCAGGACUUGCAGCUUGGGCUGUCCGUGCUGUCACUGCUCUGCCUGGCUACAGGUGUCCCCGUCGGCCUCUGCUACAACAGCCUGCUGGUGCUGGCCAACCUGCACAGCAAGAGCAGCAUGACCAUGCCAGAUGUGUACUUCGUCAACAUGGCUGUGGCGGGCCUGGUUCUCAAUGCCCUGGCCCCCGUGUGCCUCCUUGGCACUGCCGGCUCAGGAUGGGUCCCAUGGAAUGUCAGCAGUGAGGCGCACAUCGCACUGCUGAUCCCAUUCAACGUGUCCUCCCUGGUGGUCACAUACUCCACCACACUGCUCAGCCUUGACCACUACAUUGAGCGGGCACUACCACGGACCCAUAUGGCCAGUGUGCAUAACACCCGGCAUGUGUGUGGCUUUGUUUGGGGCGGGGCCCUGCUGACCAGCUUCUCCUCAUUGCUCUUCUAUGUCUGCAGCCGUGUGUCCUCCCGGGUCCUGGAGUGUGCCAAGAUGCAGAGUACAGAGGCUGCUGAUGCCAUUCUGGUGCUCAUCGGCUAUGUGGUGCCUGUGCCGGCCGCCCUGUAUGCACUGGUGCUCAUCUCACGCAUCCAGAAGGCAGACACACCCCUCGAUCAGGACACAGGGAGGCUAGACCCCUCAGCACACAGGCUGCUGGUGGCAACAGUGUGCACACAGUUUGGGCUCUGGACGCCUCAUUACCUGACCCUUCUGGGGCACACAGUCCUGGUCUCUCAUGGGAAGCCAGUGGAUGCUCACUAUAUGGGGAUAGUGCACCUUGCACAGGAUUUAUCAAAGCUCCUGGCCUUCUCAAGCAGCUUUGUGAUGCCCCUUCUUUACCGCUACAUGGACAAAAACUUCCCCAGCAAGCUCAGGCGGCUGAUGAAGAGCCUGCACUGUGGGCACCAGCACUGCUCCCCAGACCCCACAGGGCUCCAGCAGGUGCUGACGUAAGCAGUCUGGGACAGGUGAUCAAUUCUGAGGCCCCCACUUUACCCCCAGGACAUAAACUGGAGUUCCUAUGGAUGUGUGACUCUUUGCUAACCUGGACGCCACAGCCUGUCCUCCCCAGAAAGAGACAACCAACUACAAGAACAACACAGGGUGUAUUUCUUGUGGUUUUCUUUUCCCAAGAAGGCCACUCUUAAGCCAAGGCUGUGUUGUUCAAAGCAACAGAGGCCUGGUGUGAAGAAUCAGCUGCAUCCUUAUUAACUCACCUCCUUUCUCCAUGAUCUGUGUGCGUGUUACCCCCCCCACCACACACACACACCUGUGAGGCCCAAGCCUGAUAACGUGCUCGCUGGCAGCCUCCCCAGCGUCAGGCUUCCAUGAAGUGAUAAAAAUCUAAAGCCACUAUUUAUACUUUGAAUUGUUAAAAUACUUGAUUCCCCCUCUUUAAUUUUGUGUCAUAAAGAGAUGCUUGAUAGAAAAAUGACAAAAAGUGAAGGAAACACUACAAAGACAUGCUGGCACCACCUGGGGUCGUGGGCAGCUACCUCUAGGGUGUGCUGUGGGCACAGGUAGGUUUUUUUUUUUUUUUUGAGACAGUCUCAAGCUGUCACCCUGGGUAGAGUGCUGUGGCGUCACAGCUCACAGCAACCUCAAACUCUUGGGCUCAAGCGAUCCUCUUGCCUCAGUCUCCAGGGCAGCUGGGACUACAAUGCCCAACUAUUUUUAGAGACGAGGUCUCGCUCUUGCUUAGGCUGGUCUUGGACUCCUGAGCUGAGGCAGUCCACCCGCCUCAGCUUCCCAGAGUGCUGGGAUUACAGGUGUGAGUCACUGUGCCAGGCCUCACAAGUGGGUUCUUAACAUGAGAUGCAACUGGUAUUGAGCUGGGAAGUUAACACCCUCUCUUCACCCACCAUAGUACUUGGUUGGCCCGUGACCCCCCAAACAUCAGCUGUUUCCACUGUGGGUCUGUCCCAGUAAGUCAACUCCCCAAAAUGUGCACCAAACUAAAAAGCAUAAGCGAACCGAAGAACCAAAAAUGCCAUUAGAAUUUCUAACUCAACACAGGCUCAGAGGGCAUGCCCAGGGAAGAGGUCUGUACGGUGGGAUAAGGGAAUAUGCUUGAAGCUGGUCUUCCUGGGGUGGUCAGGGGUCAGCACUGUACCUGGAAGAGGUCCUGCAGCCUGUGGGUGAGGCACCCCAUCCUGGCCUGUUCCAGUGGGAGCUAUGCAUGGAUGUCAGCAAUGAGGUGGCCCAGGUGAGGCCUCCUCCCCCAGGCACAGAGGUAUCCCUGGACUAGAGGUGGCCUGCGUGAGGCCCUCUCCCCUAAGCACAGAGGUGGGAUACACAGGCAGAUGAGUUCUGUACAUCCCCUUUUCCUGAUCCCCUGGAUUAGAGAACAGUCUUCUGAGUGACUUCUGCCUGUAAAACUAAGUUGUGCGUGGGUCUCAUGUCACCUUUAAAGCUGCCAACUUGACUCCCCAUGGAGCUGCCCCUUCUAAGCACAGAGCCAGGUGGGGGGGUCUGUCUCUGUGUGCAUAGGGGCUUCCUGUCUCCCCAGCUGCACCUGGAAACCUUGAUGAGGAGAUUAUAGGGUAACCCUGCAAGUUCCUGCAGGUGACUGUAACUCUCCUCUUGCAGGUGAGCAGGCUCAGGACCCAAGAGCAGGAGGGCUGGAGGGGAAGGUUGGUCAGUAUCGGUGGCUCCUUCUUUGGAAUAAGAGACUCUUGCUGGUACCUCCUCUCCUGGCAAAGCUCCUGGGGCCUCUGCCUGAUUGCUUCUUUCACCUAACUGGUUUUCCCCAAAGGAGAGAGGGACCAAAAAUUACUUUUUUUCUUUUAAAAUUUUCAGUGGCUUUUGGUGCCACUGGCUAAUUUCUGGGCAUCUGCUGGGGAACUGGGAAGGUCCUUGGGGUCUCACAACUGGCAAGCACUUCACACCCCCACUGCAUGGAGCAGCAUGCAGACAAGCACGAGCAUGCGCCCUCCUCAUAUCCCCCAUGAAGGCUCUACCAGAGACCCACCUGUCCGUGUCUUUCCUAGGACACCUGUGGCGGGGAUUGGAGAUCCAUCUCAGAUCCAUCUCAAGGUGUCCCUCUCAGGCUGCUUACUUCCCUGUAUGUUCCAUCCCCAAUACUUCUGCCUUGUCUCCAAAAAAAAAAAAAGAGAAUCUGGGCUCUUCAGAGGAGCUACUGGGAAAAAGCUAAGGUGGAUAGAACUGUGAGCUCUUCACGAGUUCGAAGACACCAGGGUGCAAGUUUUAUGUUCAAGGGUUAUCAAUUUUGCUAUCAAACCUACUUGACUACUAUAAUUUAAGAACUGAUGAUCUUAUUUUUGUUUUUUUGAGACAGAUUCUCUCUGUUGCCCCAGGCUAGAAGGCCAUGGUGUCAGCCUAGCUUGCAGCAACCUCAAACUCCUGGGCUCAAGUGAUUUUCUUGCCUCAGCCUCCCAAGUAGCUGGGACUACAAGUGUGAUUUCCACCGAUUUUUCUAUUUUUAGAAGAGCUGGGGUCACACUCUUGCUCAGGCUGGUCUUGAACGCCUCAAGCUUGAUCUCAAGCAAUCCUCCUGCCUCAGCCUCCCUGAGUGUUAGGAAUAUAGGUGGGAGCCACUGUAUCUAACCUGAUCUUAUUGUGAAUUAUCCACCAGAAAACUUUGCCAUGCUUAUUAUUUAAGAUUCCAAAAAGUUAAAUUUAAUCUUGGAUUUACUUCUUCAAAGGUUAUAAAAUUUACUGUAGGAGACUAUAUCUGUUGUUAAUUGUGACAUAUUAGGAAAUCAAACAUUCAUUCUUUUAAAAAAGCACAUGACAGAAGAUAAACCAGGAAUAAAUUAAGCAAAUUACAUGUCAAGUUAUUGAAUUUUUUUUUUUUUAAGUAUUGAAUUAAAAACCAUCUGGAAAAUCUA